ACUUGACGCGACAUCACAACUCUUUGCAGUUUUGGCAGACUUCAAAAAGCUUGCAUUCGCACAAAGUACAGUGAUUUCACUUCACGACAUGUCAGACUUUUCAUCAGACGACGACGCGAGCUCAGUCGGCAGCAUUGUCGAAGACGCAAGCGAGCCGGAUACGACUAGCUUCAAAGAUCUAUUCUCGGAUCGACAAUGGACUCGUGUGUCGGACAUGGUAGAGCACAACAAGGCUGAGAACGGGUUUGAUCUCAUUGCCACGAUCAAAGGGCUUGGACCAGACGCUGACGAACUCACCGUCAUCAAGUUGAUCAACUACCUCCGAGCAGAAGCUCAAAAAGGCACGGAGCCCAAAGCUAUCAAAGUAACCGUACAGGAGCUUGCGAGCGACAAAUACCUGCAGCCAGUAUUAGAGGAUGAUGCCUUACUAUUUGAACUUGGGGAUCUCAUGCCAGAUGAUGACAGCAAGGCCAUCGACUACGAUGAAUAUGAGGCGAAGAUGCACAAAGACAUGCAAGAAGACUUCUCCAAGAUCAAGUUGACCAACGACCGGGAUCAAGACUACUUCGAAUCGUACAAAGGCAAUAGCAUCCACCGUGAGAUGAUCGAGGAUCGGGUACGAACGGAUGGGUACCGUGACUUUAUCGAAAAGAACGCAGAGGUGUUCGCUGGAAAGACUGUACUAGAUGUGGGAUGUGGUACUGGCAUCCUUUCUCUCUUCUGCGCACGAGCAGGUGCCAAGAAAGUCUUUGCAGUCGACAACUCCGGCAUCGCAGUCCGUGCCAAAGAAAUCAUCGCAAAGAACGGAUACCAAGACCGUAUCGAACUCAUUCAGGGUCGUGCGGAAGACUUUAACACGCAGCGCCUGAUCGGCAAGGAGAAAGUCGACAUCAUCAUCUCGGAAUGGAUGGGCUACGGUCUCCUUUUCGAGGGCAUGCUGGACUCUGUUCUGCGCGCACGAGACAUGUACCUCAAGCCAGAUGGCAUCAUGGUACCUUCGCAUUGCAACAUCCGCCUUGCUCCAAUUUCAGACGCCGAUUGGAUAGCCGACAGCACGAGCGAAAAGUUCUGGAAAGACAUCUACGGCUUCGACUUCUCGCCUAUGGUCCCAGGCGGCCUACUCAACACACACGAGAUCGGUGUCUUUGACGUGCCCGAAAAGGCCCUCUGCGGCAGCGCGACAAGCCAUCUACUCGAGAUGAAGACCGUGUCCGUGCAAGAUCUUAGCUUCAAGGUACCGCUUCGCAUGACGCUCGACCGCGACGUUGCGUCUCUCGAAGCCAUAGCGAUAUGGUUCGACACCAUCUUCAUCCACCCUGGCAGCUCCCAGGAUGUUAAGACGCUGGAUAAUGUCGACUGGGGCAAGAACGGUAUUCCCGGUCUGGGCUUUUCGACGGGACCGAACAAUACACCAACACAUUGGCAUCAGGCGGUUCUGCUGCUGGAUAAAGAGAUUGCGGAGAAGCAGGUCUACAUUUCCGGUAACGCGCUCAUCGUCCUCGACCAACCAAACCACGUCCUGCAAACCAUCUACAUCGACGAGGAAUUCGAGCUCGAAGCAGUCGCCAUCGACCAAGGCACCGGCAAACUCGCGGCAUGUUCGACGCGACGCAUCUACAUAUACCGGCCAUACGGGCAAGAUGAGGGGGCCGUCAAGUGGUCGCAACAGGGCAGCGUGUCCCUUUCCGAUGUCGACGACCCAAUCACGACCCUCUCAUGGGGUAUGCCCGACGAAUUGCUCGUUGGCAGCGCCUCCCUCACCCUCUUCAACACGCACAGCGACAACAUAGAACGCAUAUGGACCAAGCAGCUGGCAAACCCCGUCAAGUUUGCCCAUUUCUCGCCCGAUGCCGAGUUGAUAGCUUCAACAGGCAGGUACGACCGGCUGCUGAAGAUAUGGCGGCGCACAUCGUUUGGCUCCGCGGACCAGAGCUUCGACUACUUUUACCUCGCACACCCCAAAGCCAUUACCGGCUUGCACUGGCGACACCCGCAUCACAAGGACCAGUCUACAGACAAUGUACUAUAUACAAUAUGCGCAGACCAAAGAGUGCGAGUCUGGGUUCCGGGUGAACACCACGGGGUGGAUGGCAUGCACAUGUGGGCAGACGUGGACCUUGUCGAGUCGAUAAUGACACGACAUGUGCCGCUGGAGCAGCAGUCCACCAAGAGAUAUGCCUUCUUCAUCGACGGAAAACACUUCACUCACGCAACGGAAAGAGCUAUGCAGCAGGCCUCAGCAGAAGAAAAGGACCACGGCAUCGCCCUGCAUCACCUAAUCGAAGUCGCAAACCGCAACCCUGAGAUAUGCGUCGUGCUGGAUGAUAGAGGCAACAUGUCCGCGUGGGGGUUCGAGAACGUGGGGGCUAAGCAGAAGAAGGUCACCGACGUUUUCAACAUUGCCCAUGUAGAUGGACUGCAUCUGCACUUUGCCAAGGAACCUAAGACCAUCGAGGACAAUGUACAGUUCUACGCUUUCAUCGGCGAUAAGCCAGACUCCGAGCUGACACUGCUGUCGCAUCACUUUGACGGGCGGAUCGAAUGGCUAGAGUCGCGCAUCGACUACCUCUUCGACCCCUCAUCGCAACCGCAACGCAUCCAGCGGAAAGCCAUGUGGACAGGGCAUUCACAUGCCAUCAAGAAGGUCAAUCGUACGGCUAGUGGAAGGGCUUUGGUAUCACGCACCACCACUGAUGAAAUCAUCGUGUGGUUACAGCGACAGAGCGAUCAGGGCAUGACACUGCAUCGACAUAGCAGUGUCAAAGUGACGGAGCAUAUCCAUCGCACCGCUCUCUUACAAGAGGGCAAUUAUGUCGUUUUCCUACACCAUGACGCAAUUUCGCUUUGGGAUACCCGCGGUCAUGAAGCCGUCGAGGUGACACGUUCUGCGUACAGUUUACAGGGCAAGCCUUUGUGCUUAUUAGUCAUACCUGAGGUCGAAGCUGGCGGAAACCGCGUGCACAUCGCCACCAUUAGUGCCGAAAUGAAGGGCAUAUGCUGGGAGGUUACCUUGCCAACACCAGAGCGCGAUCCAAUCACAUGUCGCAAGCUCUCUGCCAUCGCGUAUACCAAUGGCUAUACGAACGGUCAUUCGGACAUCGCACUGAAGCAUUUCUCUACCUUCGACCUAGGAUCAGGUGACGAUCUUGCCUUUGUACUACCUGUAGAUCCUGCGGGUACGGCCCCUGUCAUUUCAGGGUUCCUCGACACAUUUGCGCGAGAUGUAGCCAUAUCAUACACAACGUCCGGAAUCAUCAAGUCGUGGACUGCGCGCGUCAACGUCGAUGAACAAAAGUUGGACUGGCUGAUGACCUCCGAGGUCGAGACUGGUGUGAAGAGCCCGUCACUUGCUAGUGGCACGUCCAUACGUAAAGCUGCACUGGUCGAUGCUGACCGAACGACGCUUACCAUAUGGAACACGCGAAGUGCCCAGUUGGAGCACGAAGAGAGAUUCGAAGGCAACGGCGUCAUUCAGGAUCUUGACUGGUCUUCCACCCCGGACAAUCAGUCCAUCCUUGCUGUUGGUUUCCCUCACCGAGUCGUCAUCUACGCUCAGCUUCGGUACGACUACCUCAACGCCGGCCCAUCUUGGGUGCAGAUCCGCGAUGUGCGCAUCCGCGAUAUCACGCCUCAUCCGAUUGGCGAUUCAGUAUGGCUAAGCAGUGGCAAUCUCGUCAUUGGUGCAGGCAACCAGCUCUUCAUCCAGGACGAGCAUGUCCAGGUGUCGGAAGGGCUGUUCCCAAGCUUGCGUACCAUCUCUCGCAAGACUGCAUCUAUUGACAUUUUCGAUGCCGUUAGUCGACUCAACGGUCCCCUUCCCGCGUACCAUCCCCAGUUACUCUCACAAUGCGUAUUGGCUGGCAAGCUGCUAUUAGUGCAACGCAUCCUGAUUCGCCUCUAUGCUACACUUAAGUUCUGGAUCGAAGGUGAGGAGCUGGAUAGCUCGUUGGGAUUCUCACCUGAAGACUUCUCAGAAGCUGCGACUCAAAUGACUGCAUCGCGGAAAGAGAUACACACGUCAUACGCCGACUUCUCGGAUGAUAGCGAACCAGAAGCUGUCACCGAAGAAGUCGCGUCCAAUCUCAAAGAACUCUUGACUACCAAGCGGAUACCGCUCUUGUCCAGUCGCGAACAGUUUCGACUAGCCGAUGUUAUCGAGUGUAUUGGCAUGGUUGAGAAGCAUCGCCGAUCGAUCGACGAUAAUGCUAGGCGCUUCUUGUUGUUCUUUCGUCAACAUGUGCUGAGUGAAACGCACAAAGGCCCUAUAUCAUGGCGCGAGAUCAUCUGGGCGUUCCACUCAGGAAGCCAGGAUAUCCUCGUUGAUCUUGUUAGCAGACACUUCAGCGGCAAGAUGAUGUGGCAGCACGCAAAGGAAUGCGGAGUGUUUAUGUGGAUGUCCGACACCAACGCAUUGCGCGCUCAAUUCGAAGUCAUCGCUCGAAACGAAUAUACCAAAACCGAAGAGAAGAACCCUGUCGACUGCGCCCUUUACUACAUGGCUCUCCGGAAGAAGACAGUCCUCGUCGGUCUUUGGCGCAUGGCUACUUGGUCGCGUGAACAAGGCGCAACCCACCGCCUCCUUUCCAAUAACUUCUCCGAAGAGAGGUGGAAGACUGCUGCGCUGAAGAACGCGUACGCACUUAUGGGCAGAAGAAGAUUCGAAUAUGCAGCGUCCUUCUUCCUCCUCGCUGACCAUCUCCAAGACGCCAUCAGUGUCUUGCAUAAUCAGCUUGGCGACACACAACUCGCCAUAGCCGUUGCCCGCGUCUACGGCGGUGAUGACUCACCCGUCCUGCUAACAUUCCUGAAAGACAAGAUUCUACCACAAGCUGCUAGGCAAGGAAACAGAUGGCUAGCAACGUGGGCGUAUUGGCUGUUGAACAAGAAAGACAUGGCAGUUCGCUCCCUCGUCACACCCUUGUCUACUCUCCUCGAAACCUCGGAGCCACCUAGUUCGGCAGCGAAGUCUUAUCUUACUGACGACCCGGCGUUGGUGGUCUUGUACAAGCAGUUGCGCGAAAAGUCGCUGCAGACACUUCGCGGCGCCACCAUGAUCGGUAUGCGAGAGGAAUGGGAUUUCGUGCUGCAUACGGCCGGACUGUACGAUCGUAUGGGGUGCGACGUCCUGGCACUCGAUCUAGUCAGAGGAUGGGAGUUCUUGUUGCCGCCGCCACCGACAAAUGUAGGAUCUGGACGUCCGCCGCUUAGUCCCGAGAUGCCAAGACAGAGCUUCUUAUCAGCGCAAGCGGGAGGAACGGGAGGGAGGGAUGCGACGACCGACUUUGACUUUGAUCCUAGGAAGUUGUUGCGCAGGAGGAGCUCGCUUGUCGUUGCCGACCUUCCCGUGCGCGAGCAUGUGCAUAAUGAGCUUGCGGAGAGUAAGGGGACGUUGGAAGAGGGUAGGGAAAGUGGGGAUGACGAUGAAGACAACGGAGAGGGAAAUCAGGAUGAUGAGACGGACGAGGGUGAGAAGAGAAAAGACAAGGACAAGGAGAAGAAGAAACCGCCACCGACGCAGUUCCACGAGCCUGAUGCGAACAGUUUGUUGGAUGCCUUUGGCUUCUAGUAAGAGCCAAUAGUCUGGCACAGUUUGUGGGUGUAUGUGGUUUGGGGGUUUUGGAGCUAGGCUGGCACGACUGGGCGUUGCGAACCAUGGUUCUUGGGUGUAAUAGUUGCUGUAUGUAGUUUUGUGCAUGGCUGUGAGCAACAUGUCCUUGUGGCCUGUAUUAGUCUUACAGUCUGGGCGCGCUACCCGAGCCAGGUCGCUACGCGAGCAGUAAAGGUUCUAGUAACUGCAGAAAACUACUAUGAUUUUAUGCAGUACUGUAAACGUUGUUGUUGAAGAACUACAGAAUCUGUAAGAACUAUUCUACUUCCAAAGCUCUCUAUUACUGUAGAUUAGGAUGAUUUCUUUACAAGACUAGCACCAGCCCAUGCUGAUCCGGGAUUGAUGCGUUUAGGAUACAAAUCGAGUAAGCG